AUGGUCACCCUAUGCAUCGGAACCUUUAACGUCCAGUGCGUCCUCGUGGACCAAGACAACUCUGUCGAGGUCGUGUACUAUUCUCUAUUCAAGGAUUUGAAGAUCUCGGACACCGACCUCCGUCCCUCUAAAGUCCCCCUCAUCAGGUUCAAUGGGGCUCCGAUAUGGCCCCUCGGCACCAUCACUCUUCCCGUCCGCGCAGGAUCUGUUGUCCUUGAUAUGGAAUUUGUGGUGGUAGAUGUUCCUAGCCCUAACAACGCAAUUGAUGACUUGUAUGGAGAUCAAACCAUAGCCAAAAGAUGUUAUGUCAACGCGGUCCGAAGCAGUAAGCAGACUUCCCAAGUCAACCUCAUCGAGGUUCCCGACGCCCUAGUUUUGGAAGAUGUCGGCAGACCGGCGAAUGAGAAAGCAAUAGAAGAUCUUGUCUCCGUCCCCAUCACUGAAGACGGUUCCCGUUCUUUCCUUGUCGGGUCCUCACUUAGUGACACCAAACGGAACGAGAUGGUUGACUUCUUCAACAAGAACAAAAAAGUAUUCGCAUGGACCCCGUAUGAGAUGCCCAGGGUCGAUCCCUCAUUUAUCUGCCAUGAGCUCAACAUUGACCGAGCUAAACGCCCAAUUGUGCAGCGAGCAAGGCGAUCUUCCCCAGUCCACUCUGAAGCUGUGAUUGAAGAGGUCCACCAACUCCUAAAUGCGAAGGUCAUCCAAGAAGUGCAGUACCCCAGGUGGUUAGCCAACACCGUGGUGGUCAAGAAGAAGAACGGCAAGUGGCGGGUCUGCAUCGAUCAUUCCAAUCUCAAUGAUGCCUGCCCGAAGGACUUCUUCCCCCUUUCGCAGAUUGACUAG